UGGGCAUCUGGAUAGUCCACAUCUGGACUCUCUGAGGAGGAAUGACUCCACAAUCUACAAGUAUCACUGCCAACUUCAGCACAGCAGCUCUCUAUGGAGACCAAAACUACACCAACCAGACUACCUGUCCUGAUCCUGAAGCCUGGGACUGGCUCAGCACCUAUCAGCCAGCUUAUAUUCUGUUCAUAGCUGUUCUGGGAAUUGUGCUGAACGUGUUUGUCCUGCUGGUUUUCUGCCUCCACAAGAAACCCUGCACUGUGGCUGAGAUCUACUUGAGCAAUUUAGCGGUUGCUGACCUUGUUCUUGUGUCGUGUUUACCUUUCUGGGCUGUCAACAUAUACAAUGAUUUCAACUGGCCCUUUGGUCUGUUCCUGUGCAAAGUUGUUAACUUAGGCGUCAAAAUGAACGCCUACUGCAGCAUCUAUUCCCUGGUUCUGGUUAGCAUAGAUCGAUAUGUGGCACUAGUGCAUACCAUGUCCCACGGCAGAAUGCGUAGACCGAAGUAUGCUAAAUUGGGCUGCCUGCUUGUGUGGGGGUUUGGCUUGCUCCUGGGCGCCCCUGUGCUCAUUUUUAGGACCGUGGAGUACAUUCCCGAUUAUGAUGUUUAUGCAUGCUAUUUGAAGUACCCCAACCUAAAGGUGGAGCUGUUCUGGGAUGUCAUGUUGAUCAUGUUGAGCUUCGUCAUCCCCAUUUCAAUAAUCUCAUACUGCACAAUUAAGAUUAUUCAGGCUCUGAAGAAUCAAGCUAUGGAAAGGUUCAAUGCUGAGAAAACAGAGAAGAAGGCCACCACACUGGUUCUGGCGGUCCUCCUGGCCUUUCUCGUAUGCUGGGUGCCCUUCCAUAUCGUCACAAUGCUGGAUGUGCUCGCGAGAGGCCUGAACCUGGAAGGGUGUUCCCUCAUAGACUUCCUCGAACUUUCCAACCAGUUCUUCAGCUACUUAGCCUUUUUCAACAGCGUACUCAAUCCCAUCCUCUAUGUCCUUGUGGGAAAGAACUUCCGGAAAAAGGUGCAGGAAGUCCUCAAGCAGUUUCUUGUUAUGAAAACAGCGAUGUCAGAAUCUACACGGUCGUCAACGCUGAAAACAUCAGUGUAAAAUACUACGAGUGUGAAGAAGAAUGACUGCUGGACAGUUAUUAAUACAGUAUAAACUAAGCACAUAACUGACCCUAACCCAAGCCCCCUCCCUAGAAUGGCCAAUGUCCACUCCUACACUAGCAAAUGACCGAAGAUGCUAAAAUGUUAUGCAUAUGUGCUACAUAACCUGUAAUAUCCUCAAGUUUAGAUGGGGGUAGCCAUUAUUUUUUUGGUUUUCUGAGGCCAAAAAAAAGAGAAAGGGAUGUCAGACUAUAGAUUAAACACUGUAGAAGAUACUUAUCGUACAGACUGACUUUAAAUGUUUGAGACAGGACUUCUCCAUUAUUUUCUGACAUUUCAGUAUAUAAUCUAUAAGAUAUAGAUCAGAUAUUGCAAAGGAAAUAAUAGGCUAAUUAUUAACAAUUAAUAAUGAUUUCUACACUAAUUGUCCUGAAAUAUCAGAGUAGUAGACAGAAAGGACUCAUUAAAUCUUAAAUUGCGUCAAACUAAGAUGCUAACUAAUUUUAGCUAUUGUAGCAUACAGUUGUUAAAAACAAAAACAUGUCUCUCUUGCAAACAUAACUUGUGUUUCUUUUUACAUAGUAUAUAGUAUUUAUUCAGCCUUAAACGGUGUAUGAUUGCUUAAAGUUUAUGCAUAAUUAACUUAAUUAACAUCAGACCUCCUUUGUUUGAGCACAACUGUGUGCAAUGCUAGUUUACAUUAGUAUCAUCUCAUAUAGGAGAACCUUGGUUUUUAUUGAUCAAAUAAACACUAUGUUGUAAUUGUAGUUCUCAAAUAUGAAGUUCUUUCCGUUUUCUUCUCUCUGGAACUUCAAAAGAGUUAUUGAAGAUGCAGUCAGAGCUAUAAUUUCUUUUAAAAUCUGUAAAAAACCCACAAAUGAGUCACAAAUCUAUGAGGGCUUGACAGGGAAUAUUAAUGAGAGUCAAUUAUUCAUGUAAAAUGGACAUAGCAAAGACUGCACAUCUACCAUAUCUACUAUAUGCAGGUCAUCUAUAUGUGCCUUUUUGCUGUAAAAUAUGUAAAUAGUCUAUAAUUGUCAUAUUAUUACAUAUGUCUAUAUUGCAGGUAAUUGAUUUUAAAUGCAGUACUUGUUCACGUCAGAUUAAAC